AUGGCCGCGUUCAAUGUGCCCGAUACGGGCCUUGUUAUUCAACACGGCCUGAGAACCCAAACAAAAGACAAAAACCCUCCACAAGUCAUCCAGCUCGAUGUGGUGGAAACCCUCACCAAAGAUAUCCUUCGAUCCUUGAAAAACAACGAACCUGUCCGACUUCGAUGUGGGAAGAAGACCAUCGUGCAAGUUGGCAAAAAGUCCAUAACUCUGGACAGUACCACCGCUACCUUCCCUUCCGAACUAUACACAAAAGACCCCAACAAUGACAAUACCCUCUACUUUUCAGGCAAGCUAAGCCAUACUUUGGAAGUUCGAAAGGCCGAGGAAGACACCGCCGGGAGUGACGAGGCGUUGGCCGCGCUUGAGAGCACCCUGAAAUCCAUACAGGAGCAGAGAGCUUCCAACGAAACAAGCAUUAUUGGUAGCAAGGAAGGGACCAAGGGGACAAGGGACAACAAAGUCUCGCCCUUACUCGCCCAGAAUGCUUCUCUCAGGAAAGACUUUGACCAUUUGAUGGCUCGAUCCACUCCUUCCAGCCCGUUCUUGAGUGCAAGUUAUUCACCGCGUAUGGCGCCAACCUCGGCACCAUUGGGAGCAGGGCUCUCUGUCAAAGACCAGGUACGGCUAGACGCUAUCAAAAUACCUCUCAUACAUCUCCUUGCUAUACGUCCCCUCACCUCUCGAGGCGUGGCUGAGAAACUCCGGGCCCCACGAGACGAGGUCGAGAAGAUUCUGGAAAAGGUGGCUCGAGAUACACAGGUUGGCGACGGGCGCAAAGAGCUGAAAGAGAAAUCGUACCGCGAGCUGAACGUAUAUAAAUUUAACUAUCGAACACCGGAAGAUCGGCAGUCAGCAAUUGCAAAUGCGAUCACAGCCUAUGACCGGAUACGAGUGGACAAGAAAGACCCCCUGUGGCAACUGUUACUCCCCGAAGAAGAGCGCGGGAAAGGCAAGUGUUUGUCGAAGCUCAACUUUGACAAGCCGGCUCAAGUACCCAGUCAUGCUACACCCCGACCUGGUGACGAUGGCAAUGAAAACGCAUCAGACCGCGAACCCACAAAGUCAAAACCGAAGAAGGAAGUCACAACAACCCAGAAGAAGCCCAAAGAUAAGUCUGUAGCAGCCAGGGCUCCAGCAAAGCCAGAAAUCAGUGUCGGUGCCAGAUCCAGAGACUCGGCCAUCAAGCAAACCAAGCCUGACGGCAAGUUCAAAUCAUCUGAGAGGAUCGAAGACUCCGAUGAGGAGGCUGAUGCCAUGGAAGGCAUUGUUGUCAAGCCCAAAACGCAACCAAAGGUGACUAGCAAGGCAGGAGCAACUCCCAUUGCGAAACGGAAGACUGGGCAAGAGCAAACAAAGUCCCUCACUUCCUCUCAAAACAUCUCUCCCCCUAAGAGGAGCGUUGAGAAGACGUCUCCCUUACACAGAACAUCUCUCUCUGGCUCCUCUAUGAGCAGCGGUAGUGGCAGUGAGAAACCUCGCCUCCAUGCUAUCUCUGAUGGUCCCAAGUCACUGAAGCCCCAGUCUCGAACUGAGCAAUCCGGCACAUCUGGCUCUCGCAUAUCACCACGACCACGUCACAACAGUUCCCCACAAAAGCCAUCCCCUCUUGGCUCUUCACCACCUACUACCUCGACUGAUGUUGAGAACUCAAGCUCGAGCAAAGCCUCCAACCAAUCUUCUGCCCCUUCGUCCCCACCUUCCGACACCGACAUGCCGCAAAGCAAGCAAAACCACAAGUAUUCGCCGGUGAUUUCCUCUGAUAAAUCUGGUAACUUGUCAAGAGGCCGCAGUCCGGUGCGACGAAGCGCAGACAUGGCUGACGACAGACGAGCACCAAAACGUAAAGCUGAAGGCGCCUUGAGUGCCGAUAGGCCCGCCAAACGUCAAUUGCAAGAACCAUCACCUGCACCAAGGAACCAAACAAUCAACGGUACGACGCCGAAUGCCAUUAGCACUUCGCAAAGAGGAGUGCCUACCCGUCAAAACUCGGACUCGAAUUCAUCCCGUUGCUCAAGCCCCGAAAAACCCCGUCCCAAGAGAGAGGACGUGAUUCAAGAUGCGAGACGGUUCCAAAAGUAUUACAAACGCUACAAAGAUCUCUAUGAUCGUAUCUCGUCGAUGAAUGAAAAGGAACGCGUGGAUAAGGACAUGGAUGAUCUAUGGAAGAUGCACAAACGCCUGAAGGAGAUGAAGGCUGACAUCUGGGGUAACUGGGAUCGAGUGGACAAGGUCAAUGAUAAAAUUGAGAAGCCCAUGCGACAAGUAGUUGUGGCAGGAUGA